CUUUUAACCUCACCUGAUUCGGAACCCCCAAAAGCCCUAACAUGAAAUCUGUGGAAUAAUUCCCAAAAAUCAAUCAAUCACUCGCAUCUCGGAAUCUCUUUCUUCGAUGCCUUCCUCUGAUCAUCACCGCCUGCGACACGCGGUGGUGCUAUGGAUGGUAAUAGCGUUGUUGGGCUGCGAAGUGGGAGAGGCUUUGAAGGUGCCGUUUAGAGUCAACGAUGUGCUUCCCGUGUUGCCACGCCAGAUUUCGUGGCCAGUUCUGAACAAUCUCCACAGUGCCGUUGACUUGCUUCCUUAUUUCGUUGGCUCCCUCACUCCCUCCAAUGCCUCCAUCAAGUGGAAAGGUGCUUGCUUUUAUGACAACACUGCCAAGAUUGAACUCAGCCCCGCUUCUCAGGGUGCUGUUCUCUUCGUCAAGACAGAGGCUGCACAUAGCUGGACCUGCAUGGAUCUGUAUGUUUUUGCAACCCCUUACAGGAUUACGUGGGACUACUACUUCUCUUCACGGGAACAUACGUUGAAGUUUGAUUCCUGGGAAGAGCCUGCAGAAUUGGAAUAUGUUAAGCAGCAUGGGGUUUCUGUGUUUCUCAUGCCAUCUGGGAUGCUGGGAACACUGCUUUCUCUGAUUGACGUUUUGCCUUUGUUCUCGAACACUGGUUGGGGUCAGAAUGCCAACCUGGAGUUCCUGAAGAAGCACAUGGGAGCUACGUUUGAGAAACGCAGCCAGCCUUGGCGUGCAUAUAUAGACCCUGCUGAUGUUCAUUCUGGAGACUUCUUAGCGGUGUCAAAGAUCCGGGGUAGGUGGGGAGGUUUUGAGACGCUAGAAAAAUGGGUGACUGGUUCAUUUGCUGGUCAUACUGCAGUUUGCUUGAAGGAUGAAUCGGGGAAUUUAUGGGUUGGUGAAUCAGGGCAUGAGAAUGAAAAGGGUGAAGAAAUAAUAGUGGUAAUUCCUUGGGAAGAAUGGUGGGAAUUGGCUCUAAAAGAUAAUUCCAAUCCACAGAUAGUCUUGCUUCCCCUACAUCCGGAAAUACGUGCAAAAUUUAACAACACUGCUGCAUGGGAGUAUGCCCGGAGCAUGUCUGGCAAGCCUUAUGGUUAUCACAAUAUGAUAUUCAGUUGGAUUGACACUGUAGCAGACAACUAUCCUCCUCCUCUCGAUGCUCACUUGGUAAUUUCUGUCAUGUCUAUGUGGACUAGAUUGCAGCCAGCAUAUUCUGCUAAUAUGUGGAAUGAAGCAUUGAAUAAGCGGUUAGGGACUGAGGGUUUGGAUUUGCAUGAUAUUAUACUUGAGACUGAGAAGCGUGGGAUACCUUUCGAUGAACUACUAACUAUUCCUGAACAAGAUGAAUGGGAAUACAGUGAUGGGAAGUCAACAACUUGUGUUGCAUUUAUCCUAUCAAUGUAUAAAGAAGCUGGAGUUUUUGGUCCCAUUUCUAGUUCCAUUCAAGUAACUGAGUUCACAAUUCGUGAUGCAUACAUGCUCAGAAUUUUCGAGGACAACCAAACACGCCUACCAAGAUGGUGCAACAAUGAGAAUGACCAGCUUCCAUUCUGCCAGAUUCUUGGUGAAUAUAGGAUGGAACUGCCUGGCUACAACACCUUGGAUCCAUAUGCCAACAUGAAUGAGUACUGUCCUUCUCUUCCUCCAAUUUAUGAUAGGCCCUCUCGAUGUUAGAUCUGUCUUCCGUCGUUUCUGGUAUCUCGAAUUGCCUGUUGAAUUUAGCUUAAGGCAUCAAGUACUUUGGUGUUGUAAAAUUGUUUAUAUAAACUAUUGGACACGGCAGUGUGUAUGUAUCUACAGCUUGAUGGUCAAGUAUGAAAAAAAGUAUAAAAACACAAUACUGAUAUUCAAGCCUCAUGAAGGUAAGCUAACAGCUUGAAUAAUCACCAUCACGAUGUACAGAGUUCAUAUGGUGAUUUUCAGCGGUAUGCCCUUUCUAAAAUGAUCUUCAUGUAGGAGAAAUCAGUCUAUUUAAAACAUUACCAAGUAAAUCAUGAUGAUAGUUGGAUUGGCUCAAAGUUUGCUAUCACGCAUUCUUUGAUCCACUGCUCAAUGAUUCUCAGAAAUUGUAGUGGCUUCAAUGACAAUGCUUCAAUUACAAACUACUCUUGUAAUGCAUGUUCCAUCGUCUGAUUUUUUUCCGU